AGAUGUAUUUCUGGAAAUACUAUUUCGAAUGAACAUGCAAGAAGAAAUGAAAUUCUCCAAACUAUUGAUAGAAGGGAAUUUCAGAUCUGGCAAUAUAAACAAUACAUAUUACAAAAAGAAGCUAAAAUUAAUCGUCUUCAGCUAGAGCUUUCAUCCCAAUCUACUCCACAUUCAGAAAAGGAUAAAUUGGCAUCGGUAUCAUAUGAUAUUGAUGGAAAUUUUACGGCUAGCUAUGAAAAUUAUGCACAAUCUAAAGCAAAAUAUACUAUGCCAAAUGCUCCAAAUUUCGAGCCAGCUUAUAUUUCACCUACUAGACAAGAAAUGAUUUUACCAACUUCUUAUCAAUCAUCAAGUUCUAGCCAAAGGCGCUCAGAGCAAGGGAUUACAAGUGAAAUAUUUAUCUCAUCUCAGUAUGCUAAACAAAAUAACUUAUUACCAUCUAUAGACCAUCUUAAUCAGCCCACAUUAAGAUUGAGAGAUGGUACAAAAAUCACAUUCGUUUAA